UGUUUCCGUUUCCACCUCCGAGAAGCCUCACGCCUCCACAUAUCUUUUUAUUUUUUUGAUUUGCCUUGAAUCCGUUACGUUACGCUGGUCGUUUGUUGCUGAAGUUUGGGGAGAUUUAUAACUUUUUUUCCCUACAAGCAUGGGGGACAUCGAGGCUCCUGACUCGGAUCGGCCGCGCCAGAAUGUCCUCUUCUCUAUUCUUCCGAGCAAAGAGUUCGCCUCCUCCAGGAAAGGAAUGCUGCUUAUUGCUGAAGUGGCACUGUCCUUUGUAUCGUUUGUGUGUUUCGCGGCGUCCACAGCAGCAGCCUUUGUCACAGUCCCCCUGCUGGAGUUCCUGGUCGCUCUCUUCUUGAUGUUCGCUUACUCCAUGAAAUUCAACGAGAGGUUUAAAGGUUUCCUCUGGCCUCUUAUGGAUUUCAUGAGAUGUGUGACUGCCUCCAUCAUCUUCUUCAUCAUCUCCAUAAUUGCAGUGUCCAAAUACUCGGAUGGUGCCUCUAAGGCUGCUGGGAUCUUUGGGUUCAUCGCCACCAUCGUCUUCGCUUUAGACUUUUACCUCAUUUUCAAUGAGCUGGCCACUUUCUUAAAGCACGGAGGAGGAGGAGGAGGAGAAGGGGACUCCACUGAGGAGCCGUCAAGACAGCGAGAUGGGCUUUCAGACUCUGAUUCAGACUGAGACCACCACCACCACCACCACCGUGAGAUCUUCACCAGCUGACGUGUUUGAUCGAACAACAUAAACCUUUGCAGGAGAAAGGUCACAUUGAUUGUUGGUUAAUUAUGUGCAUUUAUUAUAGUAGUUGGAGACUUUCGUCACACAGUCUCCUCGAGCCAAACGUGCACAGAGGGGGAACCAGACCCUCUUCACUUAUCCUCUUCGAAUUCUUCUGUUGGGUGUCAGAGGGUGGAAAUAUUUUUUCACACAUCAAUCAUGUCAAGACAUCCAGGAAACAAGUCUCAACUGAUGCCUCAGAUAUGUUUUUAGGUUAGGUUUAGGUAAAAUAACGCAAAAAAUAUUCCUUUUUUUAUGCUCAAACUCAUAACCAAUGUCUGAGUUGAUUUGGGGGAAAAUGAUAAUGCCAAUAUUAUAUUUACAUGGUCAUAAAACUGUGAAGUUGAAACUAUAGAAGCUGUUUGUACGAUCUACAUGAGGAAGCAUGUGUCUAAAUCUGAAAUAAUGAAAUUAUUUUGACUUUUGGGCAUGCACUGUGACCCUAUUUACACACAUAUUAAACUACAACACUAAAUUAAUGAAUACAUAUUUAGGAAUACUCUCAAUAAAGUACAUCAGUGAAUCAUCAUCAUCAUCAUCAUCAUCAUCAUCAUCAUUAUUAUCAUGAAUAAAUUCACAGUAUUACUACAACCGCGAGUCCAAAAAAGUUGGGAUGUUGUCUAAAACAGAAAGUGAUCAUUUGCUAAUUAAUUGUGACAUAUAUUCAAUUAACGGAGAGUUUAGUUAGACCAGGGGUCGGCAACCUUUACUAACACAAGAGAAACAAGGGCAGAAUGUGGCCACAAACCUCAUUUUGAGCCUUACAAUGAAGAUAAAACAGCCUAAAUCUAAAUUAACCUAUCAGUAUAACUAAUAGGUCCGAAGAGCAUUUAUUAAUACGAUUUUGUAAGAAUGCAGUGAGGACCCAAAUGCUGAUGAGAGGCUGGACACUGAAGAAAAAUCUGGCAAAAUUAAGGCGUCAAAGACUUUUGUAAGCUACGAUGCACAUUGAAGUGAAGCGACAACUAAGCUUUCUGAACCAUUUCUUUAUUUUCUGAGCCCACUAAAUGAUGCUCUUUGUUCAACAAAGGGCUCAAAACACACUCAGUUAGCAUUGCUAGAGCCUUUUUUUUUUUUAAAGCCAAGACCGCCAUCUAGUGGGGUAAAAAAAUAAAGCAAAAGGUUCACAAAGCUUCAGUGUCACUUCACUAGCACAUUGUAGUUGACUAAUAAUGCUGUAUAUAAGCUACACAUUUUUAAUAUUGAAGAAUAUAAAUUGCUUUGGGCCUGGACCAAUGAAAAAUGAAAAUGAAAAUGUAAAGAAAUAACCAUUUCAUUUCAUUAUUUAGUGUUUUUGAACUGAUGUAGUUUCAUUUGUAUUUUAGCCACAUGCUAAACAGCCACAACUGCAGAAACUAGAAGAUGUUACCUUUCAAUUGAAGGCUCAUGUAUAUGUAUUCUGACCUUACAGUUGUUAUGGCUCAAGGUUAUUUUUAGUUUAAUCCGAACCCCUCAGCCCACCGGGGCAGGUGGGUUUUCAGAGGUUAAUGUUCAAACUGAUAAACUUCUGUGUCUGUAAGUUUGCACUCUGUAUACGAUACAUUUUGUUUCCCAGAGCGUCCCAACUUCUUUGGAUUCGGGGUUGUAUAAAACCAAACAUAUGUACAGUAUAUAGAAGAACAGAUUGGUUGCAGGUUGGCUGGUUACAACCUCUGUCCAAUCGUCUAAACUCUACAGGAGUGUAUUUUUUAUAAUUUGAAACUUCUGGGUCUGCAGCGUUCCUGUGGCCUGUCGUACUGCAUGACAACCUUUUUCUGGGUCGUGACAUUGUUUAUUAUGUCCCAAAGCAUUUAUAUCUGAGAGUUGUGAUGAAUCAAAGCGACAGAAAUGAUGAUACAUUUUCAAAUCUGUUUAAUUAACCAGACGUUUGAGAGACUCUCGUGUGUCAGUUUGUCUGCUGUAUGUGCUUCUUACAACCUGUUUGUGUGAAUGCAUCAAAGCCACUCAUUGCAUUAGUAUUGUUGUUAAAUGCUAGACAUCCUAUAUGUGAAUUUUUUUGUAUUGAAAAGCAUCUGUGCUUAUUUUGGUUGUGCAUUCACUUUUUUUUUUGCAUGUAUGUUUGAUUCUUCAGUUCUUCCACUGCCACUACUGAAGAAUAAGCCACAGUGACUGUUUAUGUAAAUACACUGCACUACACGAGUGUUACAGCAGCACUGGGAACUGAAAAUAGAUGAAUCAGUGGUCUCCAACUCUCAACUGCUGAGAGCAAUUGGCACGAAAAUACUUCCAAAGUUGCAUUUACAUCCAAUAACUACUCACCAAUGUGCUUUUUAUGGGAGAGUUUUGAUUGUUUUUUACAUUUUGUUGAAGGCAGAAAUAUGCGAACGUAAUAAAUAUACUGAGGUUACAACUGAAAAGAGCUCCCAGUGCCAGCUGAGAGAUUUAUGUGAACACAUUUGCAGUGUAAAAGCACAAGAGAACCGGCCUUGAUGCUGAUUAGUGUUUUAUGUUCUUUGUCAUCCUGUGAAAACCACGUAUCUCCAAAACACACAAGCUGAGAGAAACUGCUGUGUAAACUAUGUGAUAAUGUGUUCAUCAAACAACCCAAUACAAGUGUUUUUUUUUUUAACUCUUUUUAAGAGUGAAAUUCAAGCACUUUGAUGCACACCGAUACUGAUAAUUACCUGCUUCUCAUGGCCGAUACAGAAAAUAGAACCAAUAAUUUCACAUUUUUGUCAUUUCAAAAGGUUAUAACCUGUAGAUUCUGUGCACAUGGUAAAAAAAAAAAAAAGGCUUGUAGUGAGAAAAAGAUGGAUUAUUUAAUAUUCCAUAGUUCUGACUGUUAACUAUUGUUAACAAACAAACAAAAAAUGAUGGUACUGAAUAUAUAUAUAAUAACCUGAUAUACCAACUAUUUCCAGACUCUUAAAGCCUUUAUCAUCACAUCUUUCAAGU